AGCUUUCGGAGCCCCAAGGAGCUGAACGCGCUCUGCUGCGCACCGAGCCUUCUGCUGGACCGAAAAAGCGAGCGAGAUAAAGAGCAAAAGCCGCGAUCGAGGGGGCAAGACCAGCGGGGUGCCGACCUGCGGCGGCCCCGGCUCGCGCCCUCGCCCCUCGGCUGGGCCGGCAGUGGUUCUCUUCUUUAACUGAGAUGGACAUGAUAUAAUCUCCGCUGAGUCAAAGAAUGGCAUCUAGCGCUGUGCUUCCCGCUGAAGAUGAACAGGUUUCCUUGGGCAUUGAUGAUCUCCACAUUUCGCUGCAAGCUGAGCAGGAACAUACUCAGAAGAAAACCUUCACCUGCUGGAUCAACUCACAGUUGGCAAAGCACACUCCUCCCUCAGUUAUAACAGACCUGUUUACAGACAUUAAAAAGGGGCAUGUCCUCCUGGAUCUGUUAGAAGUACUUUCGGGACAACAGUUGCCUCGAGAUAAAGGAUCUAAUACAUUCCAAUGUAGAAUCAAUAUAGAACAUGCUCUGACAUUCCUAAAAAAAAGAUCGAUCAAGCUAAUAAAUAUUCAUGUCACUGAUAUUAUACAAGGAAACCCAUCCAUUAUUCUUGGCCUAAUUUGGACAAUUAUUCUGCACUUUCAUAUUGAGGAGCUUGCCCGGACUCUUUCUGGCAAUUACAGUCAACCCUCUCUGGAUUGUGUGGGUGUGGUUGACUCAUCUCCUACCUCAAGUCCUCCAGCUAAGAAAUGUUCCAAAGCCCAAGCAAGAUGGCAGAUGUCUGCAAAGAAGGCUCUUCUCUUGUGGGCUCAGGAGCAAUGUGCCACGUAUGCGUCUGUCAGUGUUACAGAUUUUAAGUCAAGCUGGAGAAAUGGAAUGGCAUUUUUAGCUGUCAUUCAUGCCUUGCGACCAGACCUAAUUGACAUGAACAGUGUGAAGCAUAGAUCCAACAAAGACAAUCUGAAAGAAGCCUUCAGCAUUGCAGAAAGAGAAUUAAAAAUCCCCAAAUUGCUGGAACCAGAAGAUGUGGAUGUUAUUAAUCCUGAUGAAAAGUCAAUCAUGACUUAUGUGGCACAGUUUCUGAAAUAUUCAAAGGAUACACCUGGAACUGGAGACAAGGCUGAGGGAAAGGUGAAAGAUGCUAUAGUCUGGUUAACUCUACAAGAGAAAAAGCUACAGGCUGUGCUAAAGAAUUCAGAAAACGAGACUUACUUUAAAAAGUAUGAAAACCUGCUGUCCUUCUUGGAGUCAUUCAAUGGAGAAAAAAAACCCUUUUUGGACAUCCUGUUGAUGAAAAGGAAUCCGGAUGAGCUGAAUGAAGAUCAGUUACAGUUGGAGAAAGCCUGGGAUGGCCUCAACCACCAGAUUAAUGAGUGGAAAACACAGCUGAGUUAUGUCUUGCCCUCACCCCUCCAUCAAAUCGAAGCUUGGCUCCAGGAGAUAGAGAAGCUUGUUGAUGAAGAUUUGCCAACUUUCCAGGAUUGCUCUGAAGCCAUGACUCUAAAGCAAGAGAGAAUGACUUUAUUCAAGAGUCUGAUGGAUAAAUUUGACUGUCAUUCGAAUACCCUGAUGGCAUUUGAAAAUAGAGACGAAAAGUACUUGCCGUUGAUACCACCUAAGAAGUUGGAGGAAAUGAAAAGAAGAAUCAACAUUUUGGGGAAAAAUUGCAUUCCACAUCUGGAAUUUCAUUGCCAUAUGUGCCCAGUUCUUGGUUUGCUAGAUGAAAUGAAAUCAAAAUUGGAUGUUUGGAACAUCAAAUAUGGGAGCAAAGAAUCUGUGGAGUUAUUGCUGGAAGACUGGCAUAAAUUCAUUGAAGAAAAAGAAUUCCUAGUUCACCUUGAAACUUCUUUUCAAAAAUGUCAAGAAAGGAAUAAGCAUUUGGCUGAGGAAUAUAAGAACAUUAAUAAACAUUAUAUGAUGGUGGAAUAUCAUAUUUGUAUGUAUAGAAAAAAUAUAAAUGAUGUCAAGUCUAUUCUACAAAAAGUUCUGGAUUGCUGGGCUUCUUAUGUGGAAAAUCUUUGCUUGCUAAAGGCUUGUUUUGAGGAGACAAAGAAGGAACAAAUUAAAGAGGUUCCCUUUGAGACACUAUCCCAAUGGAAUCUAAAACAUACUACUUUAAAUGAAGUGGGAAAUUUCUUAAUUGAAGUCAGCAGUGAUGAAGUUGGAUCAAUCAUUUCGAAAGAACUGAGGAGGCUGAAUAAACGAUGGAGAAAGUUUAUUACAAAAACACAGCUUGAAAUGAACCUGCCACUUGUUAAAAAACAGAAUCAGCCCAUUCUUGACAAUUCUGGAAAUAGUCAACUAUCUACAGAAGAAAAUUCAACCAUUGAUUUUUCAACAUAUACGUCAGUUGAGUCUCCUGAAAAUCACAAUCAGAAUUUAAAGGCUGGGGAGGAACAUGAAAAAGAAAAUGAAGGAUUAACAGGGCAACUAAAAGUAGUUGGAGAGGUUGAAAAACUCAUUGGACAAGUCGAAAUCUGGGAGGCAGAAACCAAAUCUGUCCUGGAUCUUCUGAGACAUCAAGAUGACAUGGAUGCCCCAAUGGAAGAAUCUCUGCAGCAUCUUAUUGCUAAAGGAUCAAUGUAUGAAGAGCUUGUGGCUAGAACUGAAGAUACUUUACAAAUGGAUGUACAAAAUAUUUCAAGCCAGGAGUCCCUCCAACAUGUUGUCACAGCUGGGCUGCAGGCAAAGAUUCAAGAAGCUAAAGAGAAAGUUCAGAUCAAUGUGGUAAAGCUAGUUGCAGCAUUGAAGAAUUCAACUGAUAUUUCACCAGAUUUGGAUGUCAGGCUGAAAGUAGAAGAAUUACAGAAGGAACUUGAAUCAUACAUCACGAGGGCUGAGCAGUUACUUGGGCAAAGAGAGAGCCCCCGUGCACUAAUUUCACAGUAUAAGGAAGCACUCAUAAUUUUCAAUACCAAAAGUCUGGCCAAGUAUUUGAAAGCUGUUGAAGAACUGAAAAGUAAUGUAACUGAAGAUGUAAAGCUGUCUUUGGAAGAAAAAAGUAAGGAUGCCUGUGCAAAAUGGGAGUCUAUUCAUCAUGAAAUGUCUUCAUAUAUUCAACAAUUAAAAAUAGACAUUGAAAAAGGAAAACUUAAUGACAGUAUUUCAAAACUUGAAAAGCAAAUAAAUAAAGAAAAGAAACUAAUUCGUAGAGGAAGGACCAAGGGUCUCAUCAAGGAACAUGAGGCUUGCUUUUCUGAGGAAGGCAGUCUGUACCAGCUUGAUCACCACAUGGAUGUCCUGAGGGAGCUAUGUGAAGAGCUGACUUCACAGAAGAGUCAACAAGAAAUGAAGAGAGUACUCAAAGAUUAUGAACAAAAGAUAGAAAAACUCAGGAAAUCUGCUUCCGAGAUUCAUAAGACACUGCAACCCAUGGUGGGAGGCAUAUCUAAAAGCAAGUGGACCAUGAACACAUCUGAGAAUGGAGGAAGGGAUGCCCACAGUGAGGCACAGGAACCGAUUAAGGAUUUUAGCUUGGAAUCAGAGUUAAAGCCUCCACAUGAAGAAAGCAUUAUGGAGAAGUAUGAAAAGGAUCACAAUGCAACUGUAAAUAAUUUACUAGAGAGGUAUGAUACACAGCGAGAGAUGUUUGAACAACACCUGCGAAACAACACAUUGAGGAUUACUUCAGAUUUCUCUAGUGACAAGGAAAGGAGUAGUGACUGUCUACGGGAUAAACUGACUGCUCUACAGGUCUUAAAAAAUGAAACUGACACUUGUUGGAAAGAGUUUGAAAUCAUUUCACGGAAAUUAGAAAAUCUUGUGAGUGACAUGAAGAAGCCUGUUAUAGCUAAGGCAAGAGACAGACUAAAAGGAAAAGAAGGAGAGCUUCAGAUGACUCUUCAUGCCAGAAUGGAGUCUUUAGAGAAUGCACUGCAGAUUGUGUUACCAGUGGAGAAGGAAACGCUUCUUCUCUGUGACUUGGACCUACUCCUCUGUGAAAUGGCCAUUCAGGAAUUUAAUCUGACUGAUGCUGAUGGCAUUUAUCAGAGAUUGAAGAAUAUCCAAGAUUCCAUAGCAAAUCAGAUUGAAAUAUGUAACAAUUUGGAACAGACAUACAAUUUUGCACUGAAGGAUUUACACCCUUUUGAUCUACAUGCAAUGCGGGAUAUUAUCCUGAAAUGCAGAACACAACUUGAAGAAAUGAACCACAAGGUAGAGAGGAGUGAACUUGCUGUCAAAGCUCUGCAAGAUUUUUUGGAUUCCUUAAGAACAGUUGUGGUCUCUAUUGAGCCCCUUACAGAUCCUUCAGCCUCAAAUACCUGGGUGGUACCAGCAAAUCCUUUUACAGUAGAAAAUAAAGAGGGAAAAAUUCAUCUCAUGAAGGACAAGGCCAGACAUUUGGAUAAACAUUUGAAGAUGCUCAAUAUAAGCUUUAAAGAUACUGAACAAGGUGAAAGCAUCUCCUGUGAAAAACUGGUUGAUGUCUUGUCAAUAAAGUUAUUUGAGUCACAUGACUUUGGUGGAUAUGGGGAACUCAGUGAAGAAAACAAAUUACUGGAGAUUUGUAUUUUCAAAAAUAAUGAACUCCUUAAGAAUAUUCAAGAUAUUGAGGAUCAAAUCAGUAAAAUUGGUCUUAAGGAUCCAACCAUUCCAGCUGUAAUACAAAGGAAAAAAUCAUUAAUCACACUGGAUAAGGAUCUAGAUGAAUAUGAAGAAGAAAAGAAAGACUUACAAGAAAUGGUUAAUUCUCUUCCACAAUUCAAAGGUGACAGAGAAAACAUUCUGAAACAACAGUGCCAAAAUACAGUACUCUUGUGGGAGAAUACAAAAGCUGUAGUCACUGAAUGCCUUGAACAGUGUGAAAGAGUUUUGGAGCUCUUAAAACAAUAUCAGAAUAUUAAAAGUGUCUUGACAACUUUGAUUCAAAAAGAAGAGAAUAUCAUCUCACUUCAGGCUUCGUACAUGGGAAAGGAGAACCUGAAGAAAAGGAUAGCGGAGAUUGAAAUUGUCAAAGAAGAAUUUAAUGAACAUUUAGAGGACGUAGACAAGAUAAACCAGAUCUGCAAAAAUCUGCAAUUCCAUCUAAAUAAAAUGAGGACCUUUGAAGAACCCCCUUUUGAGAAAGAGGCUAAUAUUAUUGUGGAUAGAUGGCUUGAUAUAAAUGAGAAGACAGAAGAAUUCUAUGAAAAUCUUGGUCGAGCUCUAGCUUUGUGGGACAAACUUUAUAACCUAAAAAAUGUCAUUGAUGAAUGGACUGAAAAAGUCCUUCGAAAAGUGGAAUUACAUCAUCUGACAGAAGAGGAAAGAGAAGGGUUGAAGGAACAGUUAGAAGAACAAGAACAAAAACCUUUAGAAUUUUGUAGAAAAGUGGCAAAAAUACAGUUUCUGCUUCAAAGCAGUGAAAUACCUCUUGAAUUGCAGGUCAUGGAGUCCUCGAUUGUGAGCAAAAUGGAACAUGUAAAAAUGCGUCUAACAGGAGAAUCCCCCCGUGGCACACUCAGUGGCAGCACAGCUGAGCUAAGGGAGGAUCUUGACCAAGCCAAGACCCAGAUUGGGAUGACUGAAUCCCUCUUAAAAGCUCUGUCUCCUUCCGACAGCUUGGAGAUCUUUACUAAAUUGGAGGAGAUACAGCAGCAAAUUCUACAGCAAAAGCACAGUAUGAUAUUACUUGAGAAUCAAAUAGGUUGUCUGACUCCUGAACUCUCUGAAUUGAAGAAGCAAUAUGAAAGUGUCAGUGACUUAUUUAAUACCAAAAAAAGUGUUUUGCAAGAUCAUUUUUCUAAUUUAUUGAAUGAUCAGUGCAAGAACUUUAAUGACUGGUUCAGCAACACUAGAAUGAACCUUAAGGAGUGUUUUGAAAUAUCAGAAACCAAAAAGAGUGUGGAACAAAAACUACAAAAACUUUCUGAUUUCUUAAAUCUUGAAGGCAGAGGCAGUAAAAUACAGCAGGUGAAAACUGUACUGAAUCAGGUGAAGAAACAUCUGCCCAAAGCACAUGUUAAAGAGCUUAACAGUUGGAUUGCGAGUCAAGAAUUUGAAUUAGAGAAAAUGGAGUCCAUGUGCCAGGCACAAGCAAAGGAGCUUGAAGACUACCUGCAGCAGCUACUGAGACUCCAGGAUGACCACAGAAACUUGAGUAAGUGGCUGAGUAAUCAAGAAGAGAAAUGGAAAGAAACAGAAGAAUCAGGAGAGAAAACUGAGCUGUUUUACCAAGCAUUAGCUAGAAAGAGGGAACAGUUUGAAUCUCUGACCCAGUUGAACAACUCAUUGAAGGAAUAUGGGCUUACUGAAGAAGAAUUAAUAACUGAAUCAACACAUUUGAAUGAUAGAUAUCAGACACUAUUGCGACAAUUAUGUGCAAUUGAGGAAGAGAAUAAGUUACCUCCUGCCGAGGACCAGUGCUUUAAUGAUCUUGCAAGUGAUGUAGUUCAUUGGAUAACAGAGAUUAAAGAGUCCCUUAUGGUUUUGAAUUCAUCUGAAGGCAAAAUGCCACUUGAAGAAAGAAUCCAGAAAAUAAAGGAAAUCAUUUUACUAAAGCCUGAAGGGGACGCCAGAAUACAAACCAUUGUGAGCCAGGCUGAGAGCAGCGAGGCUGUGUUGGUUCAAAAGACUCUUACUGAUAUCAAGAAUCAGUGGGACAACACGCUCCAUUUAGCCAACACAUAUCUAAGCCAUCAAGAAAAGCUUUUGCUAGAAGGAGAGAAGUAUUUGCAGAGUAAGGAGGAUCUGAGGUUAAUGCUUACAGAACUAAAGAAGAAACAAGAAGCAGGCUUUGCUCUACAACAUGGUUUGCAGGAGAAAAAAGCUCAGUUAAAAAUUUAUAAGAAAUUCCUCCAGAAGGCACAAGAUUUGACAUCCUUGCUAAAGGAGUUAAAAUCUCAAGGAAAUUACCUCUUGGAGUGCACUAAAAAUCCCAACUUCAGUGAAGAGCCUUGUCUGGAAAUAAAGCAUCUACAUGAAAGUCUUCUUCAACAAUUACAGGAUUCCGUGCAAAAAUUGGAAGGUCAUGUUCAAGAACACCAUUCAUACCAAGUUUGCAUCGCAGACCUGAAUACCACAUUGGACAACCUCUCCGAGGAACUUUUCAGUUUUUCUGAUAAGCCUGUGGAUCAAAUAGCGGUUGAGGAAAAAUUGUGGAAAUUACAGGAACUAGAGGAUAGACUACAUUUACAAGAUGGUGCAUUAGAAAAGAUUUUAGGUUUAGCAGAAUCCAUCAAGCAGAAUACAUCUUCAGUGGGACAGAAGAUUAUUAAGGAUGAUAUAAAAUCACUUAAGUGUAAACAAAAAGAUCUGGAAGACAAACUUAAAUCUGCUAAGCAGAAGAUGGAAAAUUGUCUCAGUAGCAUUCUCAAAUCAAAAUGCUCAACAGAAAGGAAAGAAAAGUUUACUCUGCUAGACAGAGAGAAGCAGGUCACUUCUGAUGUGCUGGAGUCUACUCAGGAUUCAGCUGCAGAGGAAAAGUUGGAGGAAUACUGGGAAAUAAACAAGAAUUCAGCUGUGGAAAUGGUUUUGUCAAAACAGCUUUCUCUCGAUGUUCAAGAAAGCAUAAAAAAUGCUGAAGAUGAGCAGAAAGUCAAUGAGCUGCAAAAUCAACCUUUAGAAUUAGAUAUUAUGUUAAGAAAUGAACAAUUAAAGGAGAUAGAGAAAUUAUAUACCCAGUUUGAAGCAAAGAAAACAGCCAUUGAGCCACUGAAACAAAUUGAACAUCUCAGCGAAACAGAAACAAGUCCCUUGGUUUCCCACAAUAUAAGAUAUUCAGUGCACCAUUUGGACAGUCUGCUUCAGACACUUGUUACCUUGAAGAAAAAUAAAGAAAGUCAAUAUUGCCUCCUUAAAGAUUUUCAGGAACACCUCACUGCAGUCGAAUUCUCAAUGAAAGCCUUGUUGACAGAAAAGGAAAGUCUAAAAGUGGGACCGCUGGACAGUGCAACCCAUCUAGAUAAAAUAAAAAACUUACUGGCAUCAACAGAAAAAGAGAAAGCUUCUUUAAGCAAGCUGGAAAUCGAAUGGGAGAAUUUGUCUAGCCAUCUGACUGACAUGGAUAAGAAGUUGCUGGAAAGGAGGAUUAGGCAACUUGAACAUGGUUGGGAACAAGUAGAACAACUGGUUCAAAAGAAGUAUUCUCAGCAAGUAGUGGAAUACGAUGAAUUUAGGUCCCUCAUGAAUAAGGUCCAGGACAUUGAGAUUUCUCUGCAGCAACAGCAGCAAAGUCUGCAGUUAAUGUUGAACUCUCCAGGAGAACAGGAAGGGAACCAAAGUGUGGUUUCCUUGGCCACUGACCUCCACGUUCUCAAGCAUAGAUUUUCAGUUUUAAAAGGGAGAGCUGAAAUUCAGAUGAAGAGGAUUUGGGGGGAAAAAGAAAAGAAGACUCUGGAAGAUGCAGUAAAUAAUUUGCAGAAGCAAUUGGAAGCCCUAGAACCAUUACAACUCGAGGUGGAAAAUCAGAUCAAGAAAUGUGAACUAAUAUACAAGAUCAAAGAGACUAUUUUAUGGGUCAAAACUCUGUUUGAUGAACUCAUUCCCACCAUCUCCCUUCUCCCAGAUGGCGUUCUUUCACAGAUCAGAAAGUGCAAGGUGACACACGAUGGCAUUCUAGAUAAGCACCAGUUUGUGCAAUCUUUGGUUGAAGAAGUCAAAGAUAAUGUUCCUAAUCUUGCAGCAUAUGAGACUGACGAUUUAAAUGACCUCCUACAGGAUUUGCAGAAUCAAUACCAGAUGUUAGUUUUAAAAUCCACUCAAAGAUCACAGGAAUUAGAAUAUAAAUCAGAAGAAAGGCACAAUUUUUUGUCAACAGUAGGGAAGGUUCACCUUUCUCUUCAAGGAAAUGAAACACUGAUAAUUCCCAAAAUGGAAACAACCCCCUCAGAAGCUGAACUAGAACAUCAGCAUGUCACCUUGAAGGCAUCUCAGAAGGACUUGCAAGAAAUUGAAAGUAUAAUCUCAACACACCUUCAAGAACUGACAGACUUCUGUAAGGAUCUAAAUGUGUUUGAAAGAUUAUUUCUCGCCGAUCAGUUGAAAAAUCUUAAGACUAGAGCUAACAGAACACAAAGAUUCAUUCAGAAUAAAUGUGAUGAAGUGGAGCACAAGAUAAAACUUUACAGAGAAUUCCAUGAAAAAACAUCUGUGCUUCAGAAGGAGGUUGACAGUAUGCAGCACAACGAACUUCUACUAAAUAAAGAAAUAAAUCCAGAUGUUAAAGAGGAAUUCUGUGAACUUAAAGACAGACUCAAGGUUAUUCAAUCCAGUAUCUUACAAGUCUUGAAACUCAAAGAAGUAUUUGAUAUUAUAGGACUAAAUUGGGAUUGUUCCCAACUUGACCAAUUACAAACCCAAGUAUUCGAAAAAGAAAAGGAACUUGAAGAAAAAAUUAAGCAGUGGGACACAUUUGUGGAAGAACGUGACAAAUAUCAAGAAUCACUAAAUAAAGUAAGGGCUGUGGAUUCACAGAUUAAGGAAAGGGCUGAAGCAAUGUUAAAAAUGCCUAAUAUUUCACAAGAAAGCAGUCUGCUCAAUGCUCACAUUUUAAAUCAGAGAAUUGAAAAAGCCAUGUGCUUGUAUCAUGAGGUGAUAAAGAAAUUAAGUGAAAAUAAGGCCUUUGAUGAAUCAUUCAAAGAGAAAGAAAUACUACAAAUAGAACUUUAUGUAGAAGAAAAUUGUAAGUUACAGAAGGUUCUCCAAAACAUAGUACUAGAAUUCCAACUGAAAGAAAUGGAUGAACAGGCUUUUCAGAACAAACUAAGAAAUACCUUACAUGUUUUAAAUAAGAUAAAAUCUCAGUUACAGCAGCCUUUACUUACAAAUUUGGAAAUUAAACAUAUUCAGAAUGAAAAGGAUAAUUGUGAUAUAUUUCAAGAACAAGUUCAGGCAGAAAUUUAUACCAUUAAAGCCCUAACUGUUACUCAGAAGCAAAAAGAAAAAGAAAACUCUUCUGAAGCUAGUGAUAUGGAAAUGAAAUUACGUGACAUUGAAGAUCUUCAAACGCAGCUUAACACAAGCAUUGUUUGGCGCACAGAGGUUCUGAAUGAUGCUUUUGAAACUAUGACCCACUACAAUGAUGCAGUCACCAGGGCCAUGGGGAUCCCUACUGCCCUUGAAGCUGUCAGCUCCCAUGCAGUGGAUCUUGAUAAUCCAGAAGAAUCACUGGAGAUGCCUCGUAGGAAACUAGAGGAACUUGAAUCUACAAUGGCAGACAUCCAAGCCCUCACCGAGAAAUUGGGAACCAUCUCCAGCCCUGAAGCCAAACUACAACUUCAGAGUGCUUUACAAGAGUUAGUUUCUAAGAACUCAGCCAUGAGGGAAGCAGCCAAAGAAGAGGAAGCUGAGGUAGAAAGGUGGCUGAAGGAUUACAAAUGCUAUGGAAAAAUUAAAGAGGAAAUUUGCAGUAACCUCAGCAGAAUGGAGAGAGUGCUUAGACAGUCCAUGUCCCAGUUGCCAGUGUCUUACAAAGAAGCUAUAGAGCGCUUGGAACAGAGCAAGGUUUUGGUGUCAAAUCUUAUAUCAGCCAAAGAAGAGUUAAUGCAACUACGACAGAUACUCAGACACUUGAGGCUCAGAUGCACAGAAAAUGAUGGCAUAGGUUUGCACAGAACCGUGUUGGCCCUUUGGGAGAAAUGGCUGAGUUUGCUGGAAGCUGCUAAAGAAUGGGAGAUGUGGUGUGAAGAACUAAAGCAAGAGUGGAAAUUUGUCAGUGAAGAAAUUGAACGAGAAGCAAUUAUUUUAGAUAAUCUUCAAGAAGAAUUGCCUGAAAUUUCCAAAACAAAAGAGGCAGCUCCCACGGAGGAACUUUCUGAGCUGCUAGAUGGUUUAUGCCAAUAUGAAGAGAAUGUGGAGAUGCAGCAGCUGGUACUGUCCCUACUUCUUCAACGCAUAAAAAGUAUCCAGAAUGUUCCUGAUGGCAUAGGGUCUGUGGAAACUGUUCCAGCAUUUCAGGAGAUUGCAUCUAUGCAAGAACGAGGCAACAAACUUCUUCAGAAAGUUCAAAAAAAUAAGGAGUUGAUACAGACUGAAAUCCAAGAAAGACAUUCCUUCAAAAAAGAAAUAAUUGCUUUGAAGAAUUUAUUUCAACAGACUGCAACUUCUUUCGAAAAUAUGGCAUUACAGGACCACCCAGAAAAGGCAGAACAGUUUGAGGAGCUUCAGAGUGUUCUUAAGAAAGAGAAGCUAACUUUUGAGAAUAUUAUGGAAAAACUGCGAAUCAAGUAUUCUGAAAUGUAUACCAUAGUCCCUGCAGAGAUUGAAUCCCAGAUGGAAGAAUGCCGAAAAACUUUAGAAGACAUAGAUGAGAAGAUUAGCAAUGAAGUCUUGAAAAGUUCACCAUCAUAUGCAAUGAGUAGAAAAAUAGAAGAAAUUAAUAAUGGGCUUCAUAAUGUUGAAAAGAUGUUGCAGCAGAAAAGCAAAAAUAUUGAGAAAGCUCAAGAAAUUCAAAAGAAAAUGUGGGAUGAGCUAGAUCUCUGGCAUUCCAAGCUAAAUGAGCUGGAUUCUGAAGUUCAGGACAUUGUCGAGCAGGAUCCCGGACAGGCUCAAGAAUGGAUGGAUAACUUAAUGAUUCCCUUUCAGCAGUAUCAGCAAGUAUCUCAGAGAGCAGAAUCUAGAACCUCACAGUUAAAUAAGGCUACAGUUAAGAUGGAGGACUAUAAUGACCUUUUGAAGAGCACUGAGGCUUGGAUAGAAAAUACCGUUCGUUUGCUGGCCAGUCCUGUGGACUAUGACUCUUCGAGGGCUGUGAGUCAUCAUGCUAGCACCCUUCAGAUGGCUUUGGAAGACUCGGAACAGAAGCACAAUCUUUUACACUCGAUUUUCACAGAUCUAGAAGACUUGUCAAUAAUUUUUGAAACAGAUGAUUUAGCCCAGUCAGUACAACAGUUAAGUAGUCAAGUAACAACUUUACAACAAAAAAUAAUGGAAAGCCUCCCACAGAUUCAGCAAAUGGCUGAUGAUGUAGUUGCUAUUGAAACUGAAGUAAAAUCAAUGGAGAAAAAAGUUUCAAAAAUCAAAAGUAUCCUGUUAUCAAAAGACAUAUUUGAUUUUUCACCUGAAGAACAUCUUAAGCAUGGGGAGGUGAUACUUGAAAAUAUACGCCCCAUGAAGAAAACCAUCGCUGAGAUAGUACCUUACCAAGUGAAACUGAGAUUACCUCAGACAGGAAUAAAACCUCUGCCUGUGUUUCAGCGGACUAAUCAGCUUUUACAAGAUAUAAAACUGUUGGAACAUGUGACUCAGGAACAAAAUGAGUUAUUAAAGAUAGUCAUUAAACAGACUAAUGAAUAUGAUGAAGAAAUAGAAAACUUGAAACAGAUCUUAAAUAAUUACUCAGCUGAGUUCUCCCUUGAAUAUAUGUCACCAGACCAAGUUGCCAACCUGCCCCAAGUACAGGGAGAAAUCAAGGAUUUGGAAGAGCAGAUUCUGAGUUUGAACCAGAAAAAAGAAGACCUGGUGGUGAACUUGAAGGCUGCGGUACUAAACCUUCACCAGCAUUUGAAGCAAGAACAAGAAUUAGAAAAAGAAAUGCUGUCAGCUGUAGCAUCAGAAGGCAGCGGAGUGGCUGAGAGGGAUGUUUCUGAAUGGAAGUUAAACAGAAAAGGCUCCAUGUCUCUCCUGCCAGCAGUCGAGGAAGAGGCAGAGGAGAACUCUGUGAAGAGUGAAACUGGAGAUAAGAAAACAGAGCCAUCUUCCAUUUCUUGGACUUUACUCUGGGAGCAUGACAAGGACAAGGAGGAAGACAGAGCAUCCACAUCCUCUGGAACAAUCAUUCAGGGUGCCACACCUCCUAUCAAGGCUGAAGGUCUGGGCUUUCCUGGCAAGCAAGGAGCGUUUGAGGCCACGGUGGAGAGCAGUAGGCCCGAACCUGCAGAGCUCCUCCAUGUCUGCAAGACCCAGGUGGCCAAGCUGGAGCUGUGGCUGAACCAAGCCAACGUGGCAUUCGAGCCAGAAACACUAAACUCAGACAUGCAGCAGGUGGUGGAGCAGCAGCUGGUAGGGUGCCAGGCUAUGCUAACAGAGAUCGAGCAUAAGGUUGCAUCUUUGCUAGAGAACUGCAAAGAUCAGGGCCUGGGAGAUAGUGGAGCCAUUCAACAAGAAGCUGAAGCACUUUCUUUGAAACUAAAAACUGUCAAAUGCAAUUUGGAAAAAGUCCAGUUGACGCUCCAGGAGAAACACAGUGAGGAUCAGCAUUCUACCAUUGUAAAGAAACCUUCAGAGCAUCAAAAAGUUCUCCAGCCAGAUAACCUUUCUGCAUUUGAAUCUAUUGUAACUGAAAGGCCACAAUUCAGCAGACAAAAAGAUUUCCAGCAGCAACAGGUCCUGGAGUUAAAGCCAAUGGAACAGAAAGAUUUAGUCAAAUUCAUAGAAUUUAAUACUAAGAAAAUAUGGCCCCAGUAUUGCCAGCAAGAUAAAAAUACAACUGAGAAAUCAUCUGUAAGCAAUAAGGCAGCUAGCUCCCAAAAUGAUGCCUCAGACUCAGUCUUAUCAGCCCAGGGCCAAAAUGGAGAUAAGUGGCAAUAUUUGCAGCAUGAACUGUCAACAAAAAUAAGGCUACCUCUACCUCAGCUUGUGGAGCCUCAGGUUGCCACAAAUAUGAGUGUUUUACCCAGUGUGUGCAUGUAUAACUUUAGAUACCCAACAACUGAAGAACUGAAAACCUACACUACCCAACUUGAAGACUUGCGUCAAGAAGCAAAUAAUCUCCAGAUACAGGAAAACAUGACCGAAGAAACAUAUAUAAAUUUGGAUAAAAAAUUAUUUGAAUUACUUCUGACCCUCAGUCAGUACCUCAGUAGCGUGGAGGAGAUGCUACAAACUCCUGCCCUUUUCGGAGAGGAUAGUUGUGCUCAGCAGGUGCACUUCAAGACGUUGGCUUUGGAGUUGAAAAAACUUCAUUUAGCUAUGAGUGACAAGAAGACAGAUCUUUCGAAAGCCAUGACUUACCUUGGCAGGAACUCCAGCUUAUUCCUUGAAUGUUUUGAUGACCUCCACGUCUGCCUGGAGCACACCCAAGCUACGGCUGCCUCCAGAAGCAAGUCCCUGAAAGCUGGCCUCGACUAUAACCGCAGUUAUCAGAGUGAAAUAAAGCGAUUAUAUGAUCAUCUUAUUAAGAAUAAAACAUCUUUACAACAGUCUUUGAAUGAAAUUAGUGGGCAGAGUAUUGGUGAACAGCUUCAGAAAGUAGACUCAUAUACAGUAGAACUGCAGAACUCAGAGGGCCGAGUGGCAAAGCUCAGAGAUGAAGGAGAGAGGCUACAUUUACCUUAUGUUUUACUCCAAGAGGUUUACAAAUUAGAGGAAGUACUUGACAGUAUGUGGGGAAUCCUGAGAGCCAGGUACACAGAACUCAGCAGCCCUUUCAUAACUGAGAGCCAGCGAGAUGCUUUGUUGCAAGGCAUGGUGGAACUAGUGAAUAUGGGAAGGGAAAAGCUUGCUCGUGAUCACUUACGACAAACCAAAAGUAAAGUUGCUUUACAGGCUCAAAUACAAAAUCACAAGGUCUUUUUCCAGAAGCUUGUUGCUGACAUGCUAUUGCUCCAAACAUACUCAAACAAAAUGCUUCCUCCUUUAUUGCAAAAGAAAGAGACAUUUUGGGCAGAACAAGAAAAAGAAGUCAAAUUACUAGAGGAAAAGUCACACCAGUGUGGCAUGAAGAUGCAGAGUUUGUUGCAGAAAUGGGAAGAAUUUGAUGAAAACUAUGCAUCUCUUGAAAAAGACCUGGAAAUUCUUGUAUCUACAUUGCCCUCUGUGAGUUUAGUGGAAGAAACAGAGGAAAGAUUAGUGGAAAGGAUUUCAUUUUACCAGCAAAUAAAAAGAAACAUUGAUGAGAAGCAUGCCCGGCUUUACCAGACUCUAAAUGAAGGCAAAUGUCUAGUGGCAUCUGUGAGCUGUCCAGAACUAGAUGGCCAGAUUUCAAAACUAGAAGAGCAAUGGCUGUCUCUAAACAAAAAAAUCGACCAUGAACUACACAGACUUCAAACACUUCUCAGGCAUCUGGUCAGCUAUAACCGAGAUUCAGAUGAGUUAACCAAGUGGUUGGAAUCUUCUCAGCAAACUCUGAAUUACUGGAAGGAACAGUCACUCAAUGUAUCUCAGGACUUAGAUACAAUUAGAAGCAACAUAAACAGCUUUUUUGAAUUCUCAAAGGAAGUUGAUGAAACGUCCUCCUUGAAGACUGCAGUUAUAAGUACUGGAAACCAACUUCUUCACCUGAAAGAAGCUGAUACAGCUACCCUGAGAGCUUCCUUAGCACAGUUUGAACAAAAAUGGACAGUGCUCAUAACUCAACUUCCAGAUAUUCAAGAAAAACUUCACCAGCUUCAGAUGGAGAAAUUGCCCUCUCGUAAAGCAAUCACAGAAAUGAUUAGCUGGAUGAACAAUGUGGAACAUCAAACUGCAGAUGAAGACGCUGUGCGUUCACCAAGUUCUGCAUCUCAAGUUAAAAAUCUUCUUCAGAAGUACAAGGAGUUUAGAAUGGAAAUGGACUAUAAGCAAUGGAUAGUUGACUUUGUCAACCAGUCGCUACUUCAGUUAAGCACUUGUGAUGUAGAAAGCAAGCGCUAUGAGAGAACGGAAUUUGCAGAGCACCUGGGAGAGAUGAACCGUCAGUGGCACUGGUUACAUGGAACACUGAAUAGAAAGGUGCAACAUUUAGAACAACUUUUGGAAAGUAUCACUGAGAAUGAAAACAAAAUACAGAUUUUAAACAACUGGAUGGAGGGGCAAGAAGAGAGAGUGAAAGCUUUACAAAAACCUGAAAGUGUGAUCUCGGUCCAAAAGACGUUCCUGGACUGUGAGGAUAUAGAAAAUCAACUUGCAAUUAAAUCCAACGCAUUGGACGAGCUAAGACGAAGUUACCUGACUUUGGAGAGUGGCACAAUGCCAUUAUUAGAAGAUACAGCAUCCAAAAUUGAUGGCUUAUUUCAAAAGAGGAGCAGUGUCAUCAGUCAGGUCAAUCAGCUCAAAACCUCCAUGCAGUCAGUUUUACAGGAGUGGAAGAUUUAUGAUAAACUCUAUGAUGAAGUGAAUAUGAUGACAAUCCAAUUCUGGUACUGCAUGGAACAGAGCAAGCCUGUGGUUUUAUCAUUGGAGGCCCUGAGAUGCCAGCUCCAGAAACUUCAGUCUCUUCAAGAUGAAGCUGAGAGCAGUGAAGGAAGCUGGAAGAAACUCCAGGAGGUUAUUGGUAAACUCAAAGAUCACUGCCCUUCAGUUGCCGAAAUAAUCAAAGAGAAAUGCCAGGAUACUCAUGCAAGGUGGACCCAAGUCAACCAGGACAUUGCAGACCAGUUGCAGAGGACCCAGAGUCUCCAUCAGCUUUGGAAGGUCUAUAGCAGUGCUCACACUGAAGCUACAGCAAGGCUGGAACAGCAGGAAGCAAAGUAUCAACAGCUCGCAAGCAUCAACAUGUCUGGAAACAACCUGGCAGAGAUCCUGACCCCAGCCCUGCAGGACAUAAAGGAGCUGCAGCAUGAUGUGCAGAACACAAAAGAAGCCUUUCUUCAAAACUCCGUGCUCCUGGAUCGAUUCCCACAGUCUGAAGAGUCUGGCGCCCACAUGCUCCUCUCUGGUCACUUGCACUCCCUCCAGAGGGCUACUUAUUUGGAAAAGAUGCUGCUUGUGAAAGCCAAUGAAUUUGAGUUUGUUCUCUCACAGUUUAAGGAUUUUGAGGACCGUUUGGAAUCUCUAAAAGGUCUUAUUACAUGUGAAGAGGAGAAUUUGGAUAAACUCUACCAGCAAGGAAAAGAAGACAAUCCAGACUCAUUCAUGGAUCAUGUGCUGGCACUGACAGCCCAAUCGCCUGAUAUUAAACGUUUGAAUGAAGUAAGCCUCAAACUCCCACUUGGUGAUAUGGCUGUCAAGACGCUACAGAAUAUGAACCGGCAGUGGAUUCGGGCCACCGCGACGGCACUGGAGCGCUGCAGUGAGCUUCAGGGAAUUGGAUGGAAUGAAAAGUUUCUUUAUUGCUGUGAAAAGUGGGUCCAGCUUUUGGAGAAGAUAGAAGAGACACUCAAAGUGAACAUUGCCGGCAACCUGCCAGCUCUCCUGGAACAGCAGAAAUCGUAUGAGAUGUUAGAAGCUGAAGUUUCUAUAAAUCAGACAAUUGCCAAUUCUUUUGUCACCCAGUCCUUACACCUCCUGGACACAACAGAAAUAGAGAAGAGACCGGAAUUUGUUUCAAAAUUCACAAUGCUGAAGGACCAGUGGCAGAGUGCCGCCCGGCGAGUUCAGCAGAGGAAGGGGGACAUUGAGGGGCUGGUGAGACAAUGGCAGUACUUCAGUGAGUCCGUGGAUGAUCUGCUCCGCUUCCUCACCAACACCAGCCACCUGCUGUUGGCCGUGAAGAGCCAGGAUGGCUACAGUCUCUGCCAAACGAGGAGUCUGAUCCAUGAGCUCAAGAAUAAAGAAAUUCAUUUUCAGAGAUGGCAAACCACCUAUGCCUUAACCUUGGAAGCUGGGGAAAAGUUAUUGAACACAAUGAAUGUGGAAACUAAAGAGUUGAUUGACAAGAAAAUCGGUCAACUUCAGGACAGCUGGAAAAACACGGAGCUUCAAGUGAAAGAGAUGAUUAAACAGUUUCAGAGCAUUGUAGAGACCUGGGACCAGUGUGAAAAGAAAAUCAAGGAGUUGAAAAGCAAGCUGCAAGUUUUAAAGGCAAAAUGUAAAGAUCCUCUUCCAGAACUUCAUGAGGACCUCCAUAAAGAAAAGGAACUGAUUAAGGAACUAGAGAAGUCUUUGGCUAACUGGACUCAGAACUUGAAAGAAGUUCACAGAAUGAAAGCAGACUUAACCGGGCACAUUCUUGUGGAAGACGUGAUGGUUUUGAAGGAGCAAAUAGAGCAUUUGCACAGACAAUGGGAGGACGUCUGCUUAAGAGUGGCUAUACGCAAACAGGAGAUUGAAGACAGACUCAAUUCAUGGAUAGUGUUCAACGAAAAAAAUAAAGAAUUAUGUGCAUGGCUGGUGCAAAUGGAAAACAAAGUUCUGCAGACAGCAGAUAUUAGUAUCGAAGAAAUGAUCGAAAAGCUACAGAAGGACUGCAUGGAAGAAAUAAACUUAUUUAGUGAAAACAAGUUACAGUUAAAGCAAAUGGGCGAUCAGUUGAUCAAGGCCAGCAACAAGACAAGAGCCGCUGAGAUCGAUGACAAGCUCAACAAAAUUAACGACCGUUGGCAACAUCUUUUUGAUGUCAUUGGAUCAAGGGUGAAGAAACUGAAGGAGACCUUUGCUUUUAUUCAGCAGUUAGACAAAAACAUGAGCAACCUUCGCACCUGGUUGGCUCGAAUUGAGUCUGAGCUUUCUAAGCCCGUUGUUUAUGACGUCUGUGAUGAUCAAGAAAUCCAGAAGAGGCUUGCCGAACAGCAGGAUCUGCAACGAGAUAUUGAGCAACACAGCGCAGGAGUAGAGUCUGUGUUUAACAUCUGUGAUGUCCUAUUGCACGACUCCGAUGCCUGUGCAAACGAGACCGAGUGUGACUCGAUACAGCAGACCACCAGAAGCCUAGACCGACGCUGGAGAAACAUUUGUGCCAUGUCAAUGGAGCGGCGGAUGAAAAUUGAAGAGACGUGGCGCCUGUGGCAGAAGUUUUUAGAUGAUUAUUCCCGCUUUGAGGACUGGCUCAAGUCAGCAGAGAGGACAGCGGCCUACCCAAAUUCCUCAGAGGUGUUGUACACAAUUGCCAAAGAGGAGCUGAAGAGGUUUGAGGCGUUUCAGCGGCAGAUUCACGAGAGGCUCACUCAGCUGGAGCUCAUCAACAAGCAGUACCGGCGGCUGGCCCGGGAGAACCGCACGGACACUGCCAGCAAACUGAAGCAGACAGUGCACGAGGGCAACCAGCGCUGGGACAGCCUCCAGAAGCGGGUCACGGCCGUGCUACGGAGACUCCGACAUUUCACCAACCAGAGGGAAGAAUUUGAGGGGACCCGGGAGAGCAUUCUGGUGUGGCUCACAGAGAUGGACCUGCAGCUCACCAACGUGGAGCACUUCUCCGAGAGCGAUGCAGAUGACAAGAUGCGUCAGCUGAACGGUUUCCAACAGGAAAUUACAUUAAAUACCAACAAGAUUGAUCAGCUCAUAGUUUUUGGGGAGCAGCUAAUUCAGAAGAGUGAGCCCCUGGACGCCGUGCUGAUUGAAGACGAGCUGGAGGAGCUCCACCGCUACUGUCAGGAGGUGUUCGGCAGGGUGUCCCGCUUCCACCAGCGGCUGACCUCCCACGCUCCGGGCUUGGAAGAGGCCUCUGAGAACGAAGCAGACAUGGAAGACUCCAGAGAGAUGCAGAGUGACUCUUGGCGUAAAAAAGGAGAGAGCGAGGAGCCCUCGUCUCCCCAGUCCCUUUGCCAUCUAGUGCCCCCUGCCCCAGCGCACGAGCGGUCUGGCUGCGAGACCCCCGUCAGUGUGGACUCCAUCCCUCUGGAGUGGGAUCACACUGGUGACGUGGGGGGCUCCUCCUCUCACGAGGAAGAUGAGGAGGGCCCAUAUUACAGUGCGCUGUCAGAUGUAGAAAUCCCUGAAAAUCCUGAGGCAUAUCUUAAAAUGACCACAAAAACUUUGAAAGCGUCUUCUGGUAAAUCAAUCUCCGAUGGCCACUCAUGGCAUGUUCCUGAUAGUCCUACCUGUCCCCAGCAUCACUACAAACAAAUGGAAGGGGAUAGGAAUAUACCACCCAUCCCCCCAGAUUCCAGCACCCCUUAUAAACCAGCCUAUAUAAAGCUGCUAUUACCUCCAGGCACUGAUGGUGGCAAAGAAGGCCCAGGAGUCUUGAAUGGCAGCCCACAGCAGGAAGACAAGGAAUUAACAGGGCAGCAGUCAGGUGCCUUUGACAGAUGGGAGCAGAUUCAAGCACAAGAACUUCACAGUAAACUUAAAAUAAAACAAAACUUGCAGCAGCUGAACUCCUAUAUCUGUGAUAUCACCACUUGGCUGGAAAAAACUGAAGCAGAACUAGAAAUGUUAAAGAUGGCAAAGCCUCCCUCCAGUAUCCAGGAAAUGGAGCUCAGAGUGAAGAGACUGAAGGAGAUAUUAAAAGCCUUUGACGCCUACAAAGCUUCAGUGGUCUCUGUCAACGUGAGCAGCAAGGAAUUUCUACAGUCUGGGGGCACUGAAUCCGAGGAGCUCCAAAAUAGACUCCGCCAGCUGAGCCUGCACUGGGACACCGCACAGGGCAGUGUGGACAGCUGGAGACAGGGCUUGCAGCAGUCGCUCAUGCAGUGCCAGGAUUUCCACCAGUUGAGCCAAAGUCUGCUACUGUGGUUAGCAAGCGCGGAGAACCGGAGGCAGAAGGCUCAUGUUGCUGACCCAAAGGCAGAGCCCAAGGUUGUCCUGGAGUGUCAGAAAGAACUAAUGCAACUGGAAAAGGAGCUGGUGGAGCAUCAACCUCAGGUAAACUCCUUGCAGGAGAUUUCAAACAGCCUUCUCAUUAAGGGGCAUGGAGAAGAGUAUAUUGAGGCUGAAGAAAAGGUGCAUGUUAUUGGGAAGAAGCUCACACAGUUACUGGAACAAGUGUCCCAAGAUUUAAAGUCCUUGCAGAGAAGCCAGAGCCCAGACCCAUCUCUGCCCAGCUUUGACGAGGUAGACUUUGGGGCCCAACAUCCAGCAGCCACAUCCGUGCCAGCUCCCCAAGCCAAGCAGUUUGGAGCAGAAAGAACUACAAAAGGCAAGAGCAAGACAGACGACAGGGUGCCCGGCCCCACCAGCCCUGGCAGUUCGCGGCCACAGCGCUCCUUCCUCUCCCGGGUGCUCAGGGCGGCGCUGCCCCUGCAGCUGCUGCUCCUGCUGCUGCUGCUCCUGGCCUGCCUGCUGCCCUCCUCCGAAGAGGACUACAGCUGCACCCAGGCCAACAACUUUGCACGGUCCUUUUACCCCAUGCUGAGGUACACCAAUGGGCCACCACCCACAUAGAGGGCUCGCCGGGCCUGCAGCGCCACCACCAGCCUGUUUACCGCAGAUCCCAGCUUGGGGACCCCAGCCCAGUCUGGGAACGACUCUUUAUGUUUGGCACCACCCAGGGAACUACUGUGAACCCCUUCCUUUGGGCCUCUCUGU